AUGGCACCAUCAGAUCUCCCAACGCGGAAAAGAGGACGACCACGAACGUAUACAUCUGCUAAGGACAAGCAAGUAUCGAGUGUCACGCAACGGCGAAGCCGCCGACAGUCUACCCGCGCUGUGCAUCGAGCGCAAGAAUUCGAUCAGUACUAUUCUACCACAGUGCCUCUGUCUACUGAUAUCAAUGAGCCUCCGUCGACCUAUUUUCCUCCGGGAGAACUCUCAAUCGCUACCGAGGUUGAGCAACUUCUGCCACCUCUUAGCCCCGACCCUGGACCGUGGGAACUAUCGGUACCUGAUAUCCCGCCGGUAGAUAUCGAGGUGUCGUUAGAACCCACGAGUGAUAUAGCCCACGAUCCUACUCCAGCGAUGUCGCCAGACAAUGUACAAGAAGGGACAGACGAGGCCGAUCCUAUUCCAGCGGCGACUGAAAGCCUGGUCCAAGCGACCAACCCGUUCGUGGUUUUAGCUCCCGAUCAAUCGGAAGACGUUGCAACCAACACGGCUAGUGAUAUCUUUAAACUAGUCCGGCUUCUCACUGACCAACUCCAACAACACCAUGGCUGCUGCCACCAGUGCCAUACGCAGCAGGAGAGUGAGCAUCAAAUGCAGCAUACGGAGCAUCUUGGCCUAGGAAAGUAUAUAGACCGGAUUCAGGCAGAUGGGGGAUAUCCGGAUGUUCUUAGUGCUGCAACGAUGGCUAGACGAGAGGACAACCUAGCAGGACAGACCAGCGCAGACCGAAAACGGGAGAUCUAUACUGGGAUCAAUUCAGCCACGCCUGACGCUGGUCCAGUGCACCUCUGCCUUACUGCCGACCAUGAGCCGGAACGCCCGACCGCGGUGACUUUUGAUAUCGAUAGUAUCGUGGGAUUUGCGCACAGCCUAGCAGUGGCUAAGCUCGGAGUGCGGUGGAACUCGACUCAGAUGGCCGUCUCUGAUCUUCGUUCGGGUCUGCACCUUGAUCCUCUUCCCAUACAAUAUAUUGGAAGCAAUGGUCGCGCUCACCACGUCCGACGGCCGGUGCAUGUGAUCCCACAUUAUACAUUUGGGCGGCUAGUCGGAUUUGAGGAUAUCUCUCUUUACUUCCUAUUCCCGCAGCUAUACAGGGAGUAA